CCGAAUCUCCGGGGAGAAAAAGAGAUUCUCGUGUUGAAGUAGCUCGAAUUCGCAUGAGCUCCGGAACAAAAACCUUCUGUUUGUUUUCCAGUUUUCCUGCGUAACCGCAAAAAUAAAAAAAUUACACGCGCCAAGGAAAGUUUCAACCGGACGAUGUCGGGAAGCGGCAGUUUCUCUUCGGAGCGGACGGUCUGUUUGGGUGGGGAAAAUCGAUAGGAAAAGGCGAGUUCAAAGUGUCGAGGGAGAGUACACACGGCGUGUGUCAUCAACUACUCCCUUUCUCUCUCUGCGUCCGUCCGAACCGACGGUUAUCUCUCGUGGAUACGGCUCAUACGAGUCAUACGGCGUAUAUCGCCAGCGGCGGCGACGACUCGACAACAACAACGACAACGACGACAAUAAUGUUGGAACGGAGAUGCCCCCGGGGGAGUGCCAGUGCCAGUGUCGUCGCGUCUCGAUGAGUGGCGCGGGGAAGCGUCUGCGUCGCGUGCCGUGCGGCAACAGCUGCGUGGGAUCUCGCGGCGGAAGAUGCUGAGGGUGGCCGACGGCUCCUGACGGACGCGGGCCGCGAGUACGAUCGCGUAUCUACGACGGGAGGCCGGGAGGAUCGGCGGAUCGGCUGCGUCCGCGCGCCCUGAAAAAUGACCGCCGCCGGUCGGCGGCUGGUGCGCGUCCUCUGCGCCGCGCUGCUCUGCCUGUCGCUGCGCCCGGAGUACGCCCGCUCCACGCACAUCACCGGCACGUUCGACACGCGCGAGUUCUUCCGGUUCCUCGUCAAGUUCGGCUUCCAGAAGACCGACCGCCAUCGGCAGAAGGAUUCGUACGGAUACAUAUUCGGCAACGUGACCGCGCGGACGGAAUUCGACUUGCCGAUCACCCUGGCGAUACUCGACCGCGGCCACUUCCUCGAGUACUACGGUAAUCGGACGCUCGCGGACAAGAGCGCCGCGUGCGCCUACAUGUUCAACACGCUGAAGAAGAGCUCCUACGAUCCGGACUGCAACGAGGAGGGCCAGGACUUCUUGAGGCGAGUGCCGUGUCCUCGCGACAAGUUAUGUCCGGACGAGGACUCGGUGUGGAAUAUCGUGAAGGGACAUCAGUUUACGUACGUUAUACAGGACUUCUGGCAGCCACGAUUUUGGUACAUGAGCUUGGUGGCGUGCUACAGGAACAAGACGACCUGCCAGUGGGAGUAUUAUAGCAGGCACGACGAGUUGGAAUACGACAUCUGGCUGGUGAACGGCAAUCCGAACGUCAGUGGCCUAAACAGCUUGACUUAUCAGUUCUCGUACGACAGACAGAAUACCAUCGAACUGUACUUGCUGUUUUUCGUGUGUUACAUCAUCCUGGUGCCGCUGCAGUUGUAUGCAGUGAGAUUGCAAAAGCAUCCUGUAACAAGAUUGUUCACUGCUAGUUUAUUAUUAGAAUUCGUAGCAGUAUGCUUAAUCUUGAUACACGUGUUGAAAUUUGCAUUAGACGGAGUAGGAUACGAGCAAUUAGAAGUUGCAGGUGAUAUUUUUGAUAUCCUGUCACGGACGUCCUUUAUGUUAUUAUUGCUCCUACUUGCCAAAGGAUGGGCAGUAACAAGAAUGGAAUUAACAUGGAAGCCACUGGUGUUUGCUAUAUGGUUUUGUUAUGGAGUUGUACACAUCUUAUUAUAUGUGUGGAAUAUGACAGAAGUUGACAUUAUCGAAGACAUAGAUGAAUAUCAAACUUGGCCAGGAUGGUUUAUAUUGUUAUUCCGAAGUGCCAUAAUGGUAUGGUUUCUAUAUGAACUUCGAAACACCAUGACAUACGAGCAUAAUACUCAAAAAUUGAACUUUCUCCUUCAUUUUGGUGCAUCGUCAUUAGUUUGGUUCAUAUAUUUACCCAUUAUAGCACUUAUAGCGCUUCAAAUAAGCGCACUAUGGAGGUUUAAGCUGUUGUUAGGUAUAACAUACUCGGCAGACUGUUUCGCUUAUUGUGUAAUGGCUCAUUUAUUAUGGCCCACCAGAAGUGAACAAUAUUUUUUACUCGCGCAAGGUGCGGAUAAUGGUGAUGAACUCGAUGAAUUCAACGAAGCGCCGCAUGUAUUAAAUAAUUAUGUAGAGCCGCCAGAACUCGGUAAAAUAAUUACUUAAUACUCGUCCAUUGGAAGUAAUAAUAUUGAAUUGAUGACAUUUUUAAUUACAAGUGAUGUGAUGUACAUUUGCCAAAUGGUCAAUCUAAUAGAAUGAAUAAUACUCUAAUAUGUGCUACUGAACUGAAAUAUUGUGCACAUCUUAUAAUUAGAGAGAUAUAUCAAUUGUCAAAUUUGAUCAUGUGAUAUGAAAUCAAUAGACGAUACAACGGAAGUAAAUGAGUAUGAUAUGAGUAUGCUAUAUGAACAAAUAUAAUUUUCGAUUUGAUGUAUAGAUUCAUAAUUAACAGUAUUAAUUAUCAGUAAUUUUAUAUCUACAAAGUUAAGGUUUUAAAUAUUUAUCCAUUCGAAGAACGAUAUGCAUCUAAUAUUGGUGCAUUCUUACACAUUACUAAUUUAGACGAUUAGUCGACUCGUAUGAUUAUGCGCUAGGAUAAAAAUUUAUAUAUACAAAAUAAUAUACAAUUUCUAAAAUUUAUUUUCCAAACUGCCACUUUAUUUACUCAUAUCAUAUUCAUACAUCUUGAAUUUAAAAUAAUAUUAAUUUUUGCUUAUUUCUAAUCAUUUUAUACAUCUUGGUUUUAUAAAAAGAAAAGAUUCUUAAAACCUCGAUUGUAAAUGUAAAGAAAAUCUCAGAACAAAGUAUAUUUUUUUGAUGCUAUUGCGUUUAAUUCGUCAUUACAUCUUGUAAUUAUUCCAUGUCUAUUCCAUACCAAGAAUAUUACAAUGUGCGCUUGAAUAAGAAUGGUGGAAAUAAAAUACUUACAUAUAACUUUCGUAACACACAAUUUGUUUCAAGCAGAGUGGUUUAAAAGUUACGUAUGUGACUGAUUUAUUAAUAGCAAUCUUAUAGCAAGAAAUACGAUGUUCCAAAAUUACCAGACAUUCUUUUAACUAUAGAUUCUUUAAUCAAUUCAUAUCAAGACGCCAAUAGCUUUUGAGCAAUUAGCGAUAAAAAAAGAAAUAAAUUUUUUUUUAUGUUGAUUUUAAUCGAAUUUUAAAGAAAUUGAAAGUUGAGUAGAGAAACACAGUGUUCGAAGUUAAAAGAAUACAUUAAUUGAUAGCUCUUUUAACAGUGCCGCUAAGGGAAUAUUUACAAAUUGGGCAAAGAAGCUGAUUAAAAAAAAAUAGUAUUUUUGAUAUGUUUUGCAGGAGAAUAUUUUCAUAUCUAUUCUUGUUCUUAAUUUUAUAAAAAAUUCAAUUUUUUAAAGUAUAUAAUCUUAAAUUGUCAUCAGUUUGUUAUUAGGCAACAUAUAUUAUAAAUAAUGAUCACAUACACAAACACAGAAAGUGAAAGAGCACCAAUAUAACAUUCUUCCGAUUUUAUUCAAGUAAGUUUACAUGUUAGUUGCACAUUGUUAAAUAAAUAUACUUUAUAUACGAAGAUUGAAACACGAUCUGA